UCUCCCGCGCAUGCGCUGUAGCAACACCCUGCCUCCUUCCCCUCCCCCGGGGGUGAGGCUGGGGGAGGAGGCUGUAGGUCCGGACACUGAGCCAGGAGAGGCCGGGGACCGAGGCCUGAGUGCAGGCCGCAGGACGGGGAGCUACAGCAUACAGAGACGGCGGCAAGAUGAUGAGGUUCAUGCUGCUCUUCAGCCGGCAGGGGAAGCUGCGGUUACAGAAGUGGUACGUGGCGACGUCGGAGCGCGAGAAGAAGAAGCUCGUUCGGGAUCUCAUGCAGACUGUCCUGAGCCGGAAGCCCAAGAUGUGCAGCUUCCUGGAGUGGAAGGAUCUUAAGGUUGUCUACAAAAGGUACGCCAGCCUGUAUUUCUGCUGCGCGGUGGAGGAUCAGGAUAACGAGCUCCUGACGCUGGAGCUCAUUCACCGAUACGUGGAGCUUCUGGACAAAUACUUCGGCAGCGUGUGCGAGCUGGAUAUCAUAUUUAACUUUGAGAAGGCCUAUUUCAUCCUGGACGAGUUCCUGAUGGGGGGAGAAAUCCAGGACACGUCCAAGAAAAGUGUCUUGAAAGCCAUCGAGCAGUCGGACAUGCUACAGGAGGAGGAUGAGUCACCGCGCAGCGUUCUGGAAGAAAUGGGACUUGCUUGAUACAAACACAACCAUUCCACUUGUUUUUUGCUGUUUUUUUUUUGUU